GGAUGUGUGUUUUUGUUUUAUUUUUUAUGUAUAAUAUACACUGAAGAUGGCAUUUAAAUUUGUUGUACGAUGUUGUGCAAUGCCAAAGUAAAGUAAACUAACUAAGCAAAUGUUAAGGCAGUGAUGUAGAAAUAAGGGAUAGAGUAAUCUUUUUAUAGUUAUAAUUUAUAUAAUCUAUAAAUAAAAUAAUUUAUAUUUGUAUUAAUUGAAUAAAAUAAAGGAUAAAAGUAUACACAAAUAAAUCAUAGGCACCACUGCAAUAAUCUGCUUAGGCCAAGUCUUCUUCUUGUGUAGUGCAUUCCCUGACAGAUAGUUGCCCAGCCUGCAAUAUGAUACAUUCAAUAAAAAUCAACCUUGUUUUAAUAAUUGGUACUUGAGCUUCUUUUGUAAUAAGCUCCUGAUAGUCAGAAAUUACUUUCAUAUUCCCCAUUGUCUUUUCUCAAAACUAAACAUAUCCAAUUCCCUCAGUCUCUUAUAAAACUUAAGUUCCCAGUUCCAAUGAUAAAUCAUUUUGCUGAAAUAGGAAAAAGCAGAAGGUUUAUAUUACCAUAGGAGAGAUAGUAGAGGUGAUGUGAUAGUGCUGAAUAUCGCUUGUAAGAAUGGUAAAUAAACUAGAUUCAGUGCCUGGAAUAAUAGAGGUAUAUAGGCAAGCUAUGAAAUUUCAUUUUAACAUAUGCCGUUUAGUGUAUAUUCAAAGUGACAAUAAAGUUAUUCUAAUCUAAUGUUAAGAUCAUGGGUCCAUAGGCACCUCUUUGAAAUGUUUAGGCUUGUUUCUGCCCUCAAUCACUGAAAAUCUGCAUCUUUAAUUUCCGAGUUAUGUUGAGAUAGGAAACAAACAAAAUUGGAGUAAGCCUUCAUUUAUAUGUUUGUCUGUGUACACAAGUAAAAACAUCUAGUAACCACCCAAAGCCUGGAAAAUGUAGAAAAUAUGGCUCCAUCCACUUCUUUGAUAGACAGUAAUACUGGAAAGUUUGUGAAUCCUUUCAAAUUUUCAACAUAUCUGCAUAAAUAUAUCUAAAAUAUGAUCUGUUCCCACAAAUCCUAAAACUAGAUGGAAAAUCCAGUUAAACAAAUGAAUCAAAAACAUUGAGGAAAAAUUGAUCCAAAGCUAUAUAUUUGCACAUGGUAAAAGUAUAUAAACUGCUAAAAUUAUCAGUUGAUUUGAAGGGGUAAUUAGAAAAGGUUUUCAAAGAGUUUGGACUUUACCAAUUAUUGUUAAAUGUAUUGUUUAGAAAUGGGAAAUUCAACACCAUUAUUACCCUCCCCAGAAAUGAUUGACAAGCAAGAGCAAGGUGUAUAAUCCUCCAUGAGGUCUCAGCCCCAGGAAAAAAUCUAAGGCUUCUCUUGUAUUGGUGAAUGCCAGCAUUUAUGAGACCACCAUUAAGAGAACAUUAACAACAAUACUGAAUAUGGCAGGAUUGCAAAAAGAAAACCGCUACAAACCCAAAACAAUAUUGUUGCCAAGGUUCAGUUUGCGAAAGACCACAUGGCUUUUGGAAGAAUGUUCUCUGGAUGGAUGAGAGCUUUUAGGUUUGAAUGAAAAGCAUAUUUGCUGAAAAGAAUAUACUACAUUUCAGCAUGACCAUCCCAUCUGUUAGAGAUGGUGGGGGCAAUAUAUUUUGAGCUUGCUUUGCUGUCUCUCGACCAUGGCAGCUUGUCAUCAUGGAACUAUGAAUUUUGAAUUACACCAGCAAAUUCUACAGGAAAAGGUCAGAGUAUCUGUAAACUGAAGCUCAAGAAAAAGUACAGAUAUAGAAAGUCUUUAUAACCCUGUUAAAAUGCCAGGUUUCUAAAAUGUAAAAAACAUCAGACCAAGAGAAAUCACUUCAGAAUUCUUUCCACCUUUAGUAUCAUAUAAUGUGUAAGCUGUACAAUUCAGUUGAAAAACAAACUAAAUCUUUUUUGGGGAGAAUCACAAUAAAACCCUUAAACUAAUACUUUGUUAAAGCACCUUUUGAUUUUUAUGACAGCAUUCCGUCUUUUGAGGUAGGAGCCUAUCAGCAUGCCACAUCUUGCCUGGAGAUCUUUGCCUACUCUUCCUUGCAAAAGUGCUCCAGAUCUGUCAGACUGUGAGGGCAUGUCCUGUGCACAACCCUCUUCAGGUCACCCUAUGGAUUUUCACUUGGAUUGAGAUCCGGACUCUGGUUGGGCCAUUCCAAAACUUUGAUCUUCUUCUGAAUACAAAACAAUUGGUAAAAUUGGAGAGGGAACAUUUUCUGAUGUUCUGAAGGUACAGAGCCUAAACAAUGGACGUUGCUAUGCUUGUAAACAAAUGAAACAGCAUUUUGAAAGCAUUGACCAUGUGAAUAACCUGAGAGAAAUUCAAGCAUUAAGGCGAUUGAAUCCACAUCCAAAUAUCCUUACAUUGCAUGAAGUGAUUUUUGACAAGAAAGCUGGUGCUGUUGCAUUAAUAUGUGAACUUAUGGACAUGAAUAUUUAUGAAUUGAUCAAAGGAAGGAAAAACCCAUUGCCUGAAAAGAAACUAACAAAUUAUAUGUACCAGUUAUGCAAAUCGCUUGAUCAUAUACACAGAAAUGGAAUAUUUCACAGAGAUGUGAAACCUGAAAACAUAUUAAUAAAGCAAGAUCUUCUCAAGCUUGGAGAUUUUGGAUCCUGUAGGAGCAUACAUUCUAAGCAGCCAUAUACAGAAUAUAUUUCUACCCGCUGGUAUAGGGCACCUGAAUGUCUUCUUACAGAUGGUUACUACACUUAUAAAAUGGACAUCUGGAGUGCUGGCUGUGUGUUUUAUGAAAUUGCAAGUUUCCACCCGCUUUUUCCUGGAUCAAAUGAAUUGGACCAAAUAUCAAAAAUCCACGAUAUCAUAGGUACCCCUCCUAAGAAGAUUCUUCAUAAGUUCAAACAGUCAAGAGUGAUGAGUUUUGAUUUCCCCACAAGAAAAGGAAAAGGAAUUUCUCCAUUUAUCCCUAACUUGUCCAAUAAGAGCCUGACACUUAUGUAUGCAAUGAUACAGUAUGAUCCUGAUGAGAGAAUCUGUGCUCAUGAAGCACUGCAACACCCUUAUUUCAGAGAAUUAAGGUUGGCAGAGAAACAAGCUUUAACCAUACACCGAAAAAUGAGAUUAGUAGAAAAUCCAUUAGAAAAAGAUUCUCUUGGCUUGCGGCGUAUUUCAAAGGAGGAUCAAAGGCAGAAUUUUUUUAGGCAAGCCCAGGAGAAUCCACUGGGACAUCAUGGACUUCUCAAUGCAGUUGAGUUGCCAAAACUGACAGUUCCUGCUGUAACCAACUUGACUUCUUACCCUAAUCCUUCAUUUCAGUCAGUUUUUACCCUCCCAGCAUCCAACAGACAAGUCCAGGUUUUGCAGCCUAUAACAUAUUUUGGGACACAUCGCAAGUCGGAAAAACAGAAGGAAUUUAAAUCUCCUAUGAAACAGUACCACCUGCCUGCUCUGGAAAGACGAGGUGGAAGAUUUUGAAGGAUCAAAACACUCAUGAGCUGUCUGAGUUUUUUAGUACAGAAAUGGCAAAAGUGCCUUAUCACCUCAAAUGCUGCAACAAGAAGCUACAACAAUCAUUCUUUGGGACUUACCCGUUUUUUUACAAGUCAACAAUGAAACCACCAUUUUUAAAACUCAGAAUGCACCUUGAUUUUUUUAAAGGAGUUCCUAUUUUUUUCUUUUCUUCUAUGGUGAUCAUAUAUUUAAUGGUGUUGCACUGGCAGAAGUGAAUUGCUCCAACUUUUACAUUAAAUGCUACAUUGUUUGUGUGUGCGUGUGUAUAUGUAUGUGUGUGUGUAUGUGUGUGUAUGUAUGUAUGUAUGUAUAUCAGCACAA